CUCUGCUGCAUCGGACACCGGGGAGGCUGCUGCCGCUGCCACUGCCGCCACUAUACAACCCCUUACCUCGCUCCAACGCCCGGCUCCGAGUCUCACAUCCACAAGCCUUCCCCGGGAUCUGCUUUUUGAGUCGAACCGCAACCGGGCUGAGCUCUACUAACAACCAACAGGCUGCAGUAAUCCUCUCCAUCCGCCGACAUGUCUGGAUAUCAGGGCAAGAAGAACAUACCCCGCAUUACCAGCGAUCGUCUUCUGAUCAAAGGGGCCAAGAUCGUGAAUGAUGACCAGUCGUUCUGCGCUGACAUUUACAUGGAGGAUGGAGUCAUUAAACAAAUUGGAGAAAACCUGAUAGUACCAGGAGGGGUGAAGACCAUCGACGCUCACGGGCGCAUGCUGAUGCCCGGAGGCAUCGACGUGCACACCCGCUUCCAGAUGCCCGACAGAGGCAUGACCUCAGCAGAUGACUUCUACCAAGGAACCAAGGCGGCACUAGCAGGAGGCACCACCAUGAUCAUUGACCAUGUGGUUCCGGAGCCAGGGGCCUCUCUGCUGUCGUCGUUUGAGCAGUGGAGGGAGUGGGCGGACAGUAAGUCGUGCUGUGACUACUCUCUGCACAUGGACAUCACCGAGUGGCACCGGGGCCUGCAGGACGAGAUGGAGACUCUGGUCAAGGAUCAUGGUGUCAACUCAUUCUUGGUGUAUCUGGUUUACAAGGAUCUUUUCCAGCUCUCAGACUCUCAGGUGUACGAGGUGUUCAGUGUGAUCCGGGACCUGGGGGCCAUCGCACAGGUCCAUGCAGAGAAUGGAGAUAUAGUAGCAGAGGAGCAGCGUAGAAUCCUCUCGCAGGGCAUCACAGGACCAGAGGGACACGUGCUGAGCCGCCCUGAGGAGGUGGAGGCGGAGGCUGUGAACCGCUCUGUGACUGUGGCCAAUCAGACCAACUGUCCUCUGUACGUGACCAAAGUGAUGAGCAAGAGCGCCGCUGAUGUCAUCGCUCAGGCUCGCAAGAAAGGUACUGUGGUGUAUGGAGAGCCCAUCACUGCCAGCCUGGGCACAGACGGCUCUCACUACUGGAGCAAGAACUGGGCCAAAGCCGCUGCCUUCGUUACCUCUCCUCCUCUGAGCCCCGACCCCACCACGCCCGACUAUCUCAACUCACUGCUCUCCUGUGGAGACCUGCAGGUGACUGGAAGCGCACACUGUCCCUUUGACACGGCUCAGCGUGCCGUGGGCAAAGACGACUUCACCCUCAUCCCAGAAGGAGUCAACGGCACCGAGGAGAGGAUGUCCAUCAUCUGGGACAAGUGUGUGGUUACAGGUAAAAUGGAUGAGAACCAGUUUGUGGCUGUGACGAGCACCAACGCCGCCAAGAUCUUUAACCUGUACCCCCGAAAAGGACGCAUCGCUGUGGGCUCCGACGCAGACCUGGUGCUCUGGGACCCCGACGUCACCAAGAUCAUCUCUGCGAAGAGCCACAACUCGACUGUGGAGUACAACAUCUUCGAGGGCACAGAGGUGCGUGGGGGCCCCCUGGUGGUCAUCAGUCAGGGUAAGAUCGUCCUGGAGGAGGGGACUCUCCACGUGACGGAGGGCUCUGGGCGCUUCAUUCCCCGCAAACCCUUCCCCGACUACGUGUACAAGAGGAUCAAGGCUCGCAGCAGGCUGGCUGAGCUGAGGGGCGUGCCCAGAGGACUGUACGACGGACCAGUGUGUGACGUAACCGUGACUCCAAAGGUCAUGACCCCUGUGUCCUCCACCAAGACGUCGCCCGCCAAACAACCAAACCAGCCCAUGCGCAAUCUGCACCAAUCCGGCUUCAGCCUGUCCGGGGCCCAGAUCGACGACAACGUCCCGCGCCGCAACACGUCUCGCAUUGUGGCGCCACCAGGGGGCAGGGCUAACAUCACCACCCUGGGUUAGACCGCUCACUCAGCGCUGAGGAGGGGACAGCGCGCUCAAGAUGGCCGACGAGAUCUUAGAAUCCCAAC